UGCUCUAUAUACUCCCAACCAAAAAAAAAAAAAACAGAGUAAGAACAGAAAAAUAAAAUAAAAGCUCUCCUCACACAAGUCACAAGACUCAUUAGGCUUUCAAUCCAAUGUCUCUUCUCCACGAUCUUAAGAUCAUUCUCGAUGGCCAAUACACUUUCUUCCUCAACCAGGAUGUAAUCACGGAGUACUCUGGAAGCUUGAGGAAGAUAAUAAAACUAAGCAAAAAGAAGAGAAACAAGAAAAAUAAAUCUCCAGAGAUCAUCACUAUCGAGAUUGAUGAUUUUCCCGGUGGACCAGAUGGGUUUGAGUUGAUUUCAAGGUUCUGUUACAACAACGGAGAUAUCUCAGUUGAUGUCUCAAAUGUCCCGACUUUGUACUGCUGCUCUGUUUAUCUAGGCAUGACAGAGAAGUUCUCUCUCUCUAAUCUCUUCCUCCAGACCGAGAAGUUUCUAGAAGAAGUGUUCUAUGGGUCUUGGAACGACAUCGUCAUGUGUCUCAAGAACUGCGAGCAAGUGUUCCUCCAAGCAGAUUCCUACGGUCUCGUUGAUAAGCUUAUCUUCGCAGCUUUGACCAAAAUCUCUCGGAACUCAGAGACAUUUUCUUCUUCUUCACUCUCUUCGUCCUUGGCCUCUUCUCUUUCUCCUGAGAUGGCGAAGAACACCCCUGAAUCAGACAGUAGGUAUAUCUUGCGUUCUGUUUCUUGCGGAAGAAGUAACGAGUGGUGGUUCGACGAUAUGUCAAAUCUCUCCCCACAGAUCAUCUUGAAGCUUACUCAGAUCAUUGGAGCUUAUAAAACCAACAUAAAAAGCUCAAUCCUAACCAGAUUUCUCCUCCAUUAUCUCAAGACAAAACUCCAAACCAAAUCAAGAACUAGCACAGAGCUUACGAGGAACAAACUCGAGUACUCAGAUUUAGCCGAUACAGCGGUUAAAGGAGUGAUUUCUGCAGGGGAAAACGCGUUUUCCUGCAGGAAACUCUUGUGGGUUCUUCGAGUUUUAUCAAGUUUUAGCAUAAGUAGGGAGUCAAGAACCGGUUUAGAAACCCUAAUUGGGGAAAUGUUGGAACAAGCAACACUUGAUGAUCUUCUGAUAUCUGCAGAAGGAAGAAGAGAGGGUGGUUUUUAUAAUGUGGAUCUUGUGAUAAGAUUACUAAAAGUGUUUGUGAAAGACAGAGAAGAAGAAUCAAGAGAGAGGAAUAUGAAAGAUAUUGGGAAACUGAUUGAUAAGUAUCUGAGAGAGAUAUCUCCAGAUCAGAAUUUGAAAGUCUCCAAGUUUCUUGGUGUUGCAGAGAGUUUGCCAGAUUCAGCUAGAGAUUGCUUUGAUGGUGUUUACAGAGCCAUUGACAUCUAUUUACAGUCUCAUCCGAAUCUGACAUCCCGAGAUCGAGCAAAGAUAUGCCGAUGUCUCAAUUACAAGAAAUUAACAAUGGAGACGUGCAGACAGCUAGCCAGAAACCCUAAGAUCCCUCCAGAAAUCGCCAUUGAAGCACUCAAGUCGAGGUGUGAGAAUCAAGAGCACACAACUUCAGCUGUUAAAGUUGUAAACAAGAGUUUCUCUUGUAGAUAUUCAGAAGAGAAGAAGAAGCCUGUACUAUUGCAUCUUGAGAUAUCAGAGAAAUUAGCCGACAGGUUGAAGACUAAAGAAGGAUAUAACUGGAGGGUCAUGGAUAGUUUCAGAGAAGGCUUAUGAGGAAAAUGGUAAAGGUCCCAAAGUCAAGAUUGAGGAGUCAAAUCUUCCAAAACAUCUGAUAAACUCAUCUUCCAAAACAUCUGAUAAACUAAUUUCACUUCAAUCCAACUACAUCCAGGCGAUUUCACCA